GCGUCGUGAAUAUAACCUGUCCGCAUGACCCGUACCCGUUUCGCGGGCCCAAAUGUGUUUAGCCAUGGACGAAGGCGGCCACCUGCUCCUGGGCUACCGUGAUCUGCAGAGCGCAUCGACAAUGAUCCUGGACACGGUGACAUCCCCAACCGCCCCGACAACUCCGGGUGCCCUGUCUCUUCCCAUGAUAGGGGCCACCGCUACUCUGCACUCUUCACCAGUGGACUCACCACUCGAUUUGCGGGGAGGACAGUCCGCAUCGGCACCAAUCAGUCCCGGCGUCAUCUGCAGGCUGUCCGCCAGCGGCGAGUCAGAUGACUCGGAUCCCGAUAUCAACGUCGAUUCGGAUGAUCCCGAUGACUCGUCGCCGCCACUGCUGCGUGCCAGAAGCAGCAGCAUUGCCGAGUUCCACCGGCACUUCAUCAGCAACAGUGGCGGUCUUCAACGGGCGGAACCGUCGCAAGCCGCUGGUAACCCUAGCAGCCUACAUGAGGAGGAAUCAGCCCCAUCGUCGCCGGCAGAACAGAACAAGAAGUCGUCACCGUCCUCCGCACAGGUGAAGCCACCAUACUCAUACAUUGCCCUCAUCACGAUGGCCAUCCUGCAGUCACCUCACAAGAAACUGACGCUAAGCGGCAUCUGCGAGUUCAUCAUGACGCGGUUCCCGUACUACCGCGAGAAGUUUCCCGCCUGGCAGAACUCAAUCAGGCACAACCUGUCACUCAACGAUUGCUUCAUCAAAAUCCCUCGCGAACCAGGGAACCCCGGUAAAGGCAACUACUGGACCCUAGAUCCCAUGGCGGAGGACAUGUUCGAUAAUGGCAGCUUCUUGCGACGCCGGAAGCGAUACAAACGCCAACCGCCAGACUUCCUGCUCCGAGACCAUCAUGCUGCAGCCAUGGCAGCCUCCUUUCUGGGCCCUGACCCGUACCAUCACCAUCACGCGCUCCUGGGGUCACAUCACGCGUCACUCCACCACGGUCCUUACCCCUAUCUGUCACCCCUGCCUCCCGCAGUACCACUGCUACCGCCCGCAGACCUGGCUCGUCUCUCGCUAGGGCCUCUGGGCCUCAACCUCCUGACCUCCCAUCAACAGCCGCCCCCGUUUCCGUGUAAACCAGUCCCCGUCAGUGUGGCGGCAAGUCCCACCGACACUGCCAAGGUGACGGCUUCAGGAGGAAACAAGAACGGGUUCAGCAUCGACUCUCUGAUCGGCAAAGUGCAAGGAAAUGUGCCGCCCAGCAAGCCCACGCCUCUUCCUCUGCCGGCCCGUCUUGGUCCUCUCGCGCUAGCCCAGUUAAAGGCACGACCCGGCCUCCAGGUGCUGGAGCAAGCGAGCCCGCAACCGCCGGGCCCACCCGUCACCCGCAGCCUCGACUCUGCCUUCUCACCGCUGAGCUCAGCGGCCUGGGCGCGGUAACUGGUUGCCGUACGCGUACAGUUCCCAGACACUUGACUACUCCGUCUGUAUAAAUGUGUAUAUUUUAGAGGCUUAGAGUAAUUAAUGGCUAAUUGCGAUCGAUGUACAUGUGUAUAUGUAAAGAGUAGGGCCAGAACACGACAUAACUUUUUCAACUGAAGGACCUAAUCUCGUUCGAUGAAUUGAAACAGGUGGCUGACUUGAAAUGCUGUUGUGUUGACAGCUGGUAAUUUUGUAUGUGUUGUGUUGUACUCUUUUUGUUGCACACCAAGUCAUAAUGUGUAUGUACAGUACCGUGUAACAUGUCAGUAUUAUUGAUGUAAUUAUCGAAACCUUUGCGUCGUCAGACAAUAGAACAGGCUACACCGAAUAUGCUA